GAGACUCCUUUGAUAAUGUUGGAUUAGGGCAGUCGCGUUUUGGCUGGCCGAGAUUACGCUCUGAGCGGCUACUAUAUAUAGCUUUGCCGCUGUGAAUUACGAAGCAGAAACAGAAGAAGAAGAUGGACUAUAAGGACAAGCUUGUGCUUGGCCCUAUGGUUCGAGUUGGCACGCUGCCUCUUAGGCUUCUGGCUGCUGAUUAUGGUGCUGAUAUAACCUAUGGCGAGGAGAUUAUCGAUCAUAAGGUUAUCAAAUGCGAACGUCGUAUCAAUAAGUUGAUAGGAACCACUGAUAUAGUCGAAAAGGGAAACGGGAGUAUUGUUUUCAGGACCUGUGAUGAAGAAAGAAAUCGGGUGGUGUUUCAACUUGGUACUUCCGAUGCUGUAAGAGCACUAGCUGCAGCUCAGAUAGUGUGCAAUGAUGUUGCUGCAGUUGACAUUAAUAUGGGAUGCCCCAAAGCAUUCUCCGUUAGUGGAGGGAUGGGUUCGGCAUUAUUGUCUAAACCCGAGCUCAUUCAUGAUAUUUUGACAACAUUAAAGAGAAACUUGGACAUACCAGUGACAUGUAAGAUCCGGCUUCUGAAAUCUCCAAUUGAGACAGUAGAAUUGGCACGGAGAAUUGAGAAAACCGGUGUUUCAGCUGUUGCUGUCCACGGAAGAAAAGUUGCAGAUAGACCUAGAGAUCCUGCUAAAUGGAACGAGAUUGCAGAUGUGGUAGCAGCUCUAUCCAUUCCUGUCAUAGCAAAUGGCGAUAUUUUUGAAUAUGAAGAUGUUCAAAAGAUAAAAAAUGCCACAGGUGCCGCGUCUGUGAUGAUUGCUAGAGGUGGUCUAUGGAAUGCUUCGAUUUUCUCUGCUGAAGGACAAGCACCAUGGGAAGUGAUUAAAGGAGAAUAUUUUAGAAAGUGUAUCUUAUGGGAUAAUGAUGUUAAGAGCACAAAGCAGACUUUGAGGGAGAUGAUAAUGCAUCAUUCAUGUCUUGAACUCGCAGAAGGGCAAGCCAUAAAUAAAACCGAUACAUUUCUUGAUCUAGUGAAAUUAUACAAUGAAGACAAGUAUUACGAAAACGUCAAAUAUAACAGAUUAAUAGGCCGUGCAGCAGAGUGAUGGAACAGAAUCCAUCGGGAGAUGUUAUUUGAAUGAGACGUAGUGUUUUUAUAAGCAAGACAUUUACUCAAUUGUUAUUCUUUAUGCCUCAUAAUUAACCAGAAUUCAUAAUUAUCAACUGUUAUUGGCUUCUUUUUUUUCUUCAUUUUUUCUUAAACUGUAAUAAUCACUCAUUUUGAUGUUAUACUUAAAUUUGAAACCCACCAUUACCUUAAA